AAACAACACACCUCACUCCCUUCAAAUUUCCACAUCUCUGCCUCUGCCACCGCCACCUCCUCCUCCUCCUCCUCCUCCUGCAUUGUUAACGGAAAGCAGAAAACAGCGCAAAAAACCUCAAUUAUUCUAAAUAAUCAAACUCCCAAACCACUGUUAAUCCAAUCUUCUCUUGUUAAAUCUGUUACUGACUUCUUAAAUGAUGCAGCAGCAACAGCAGACAGGGGACGGCAUCGCCGAUCUGGCGCAACUCCAGUCCACCAUGCACGCCAUUGAGCUCGCCUGCUCUUCUAUCCAGAUGCAUAUAAAUCCAGCGGCAGCUGAGGCGACCAUUCUGUCGCUAAAUCAGUCGCCUCAGCCUUACAAGGCAUGUCAAUUUAUUCUUGGGAAUUCUCAAAUGGGAAUGGCAAAGUUUCAAGCGGCAGCUGCGAUUCGCGAUGCAGCUAUUAGGGAAUGGAGUCUCCUUACGAGUGAUGAUAAGAGAAGCUUGAUAAGUUUCUGUUUGUGCUAUGUUAUGCAACAUGCUGGUUCGCCAGAGGGCUAUGUCCUAGCAAAGGUUUCUUCUGUGGCUGCUCAAUUGAUGAAAAGGGGCUGGAUCGAUUUUACAGCUGCUGAGAAGGAGACCUUUUUUUAUCAGAUAAACCAGGCUAUUCUUGGCAUUCAUGGUGUAGAUGUGCAGUUCUCUGGAGUCAAUUUUCUAGAAUCUUUGGUAUCAGAAUUCUCACCUUCUACUUCAACUGCCAUGGGCCUUCCCAGGGAAUUUCAUGAGCAAUGCCGUAUGUUGUUAGAAAAAGACUAUGUCAAGACAUUCUAUUGCUGGGCACAAAAUGCUGCUGCAAGUGUCACAAGGAGAAUAACUGACUCCAAUACUGAAGUACCCGAGGUUAAGGUUUGUACUGCCGCACUGCGUCUCAUGCUUCAAAUCCUGAACUGGGAUUUCCGGUACAACACAACUGGCACAAAAGGUGGAAGAAAUGCCUUUUUACCUGGAGUUAGAGGCCACAGUUCACCCAAGAAGUCUGACUGCACCAUAGUGCAGCCAGGUCCUGCAUGGCGUGAUGUUCUGAUUUCAAGUGGCCAUGUUGGGUGGCUCCUGGGUUUAUAUGCAACUCUAAGGGAGAAGUUUUCUCGUGGUGGCUACUGGCUUGAUUGUCCUCUUGCAGUCUCUGCUCGAAAACUUAUCAUACAGUUCUGCUCCUUGACAGGAACUAUAUUCCUCUCUGAUGAUGGACAAAUGCAAGAGCAUCAUUUGCUACAACUGCUUUCUGGGAUAAUUCAGUGGAUUGAUCCUCCUGAUGCUGUUUCACAAGCAAUUGAAGAUGGGAAAAGUGAAAGUGAGUUGCUUGAUGGAUGCCGUGCACUUUUAUCUAUUGCAACUGUCACAAACCCUAUUGUGUUAGACAAUCUGUUAAAAUCCAUAAGGCCCUUUGGCACUCUUGCCUUUUUAUCCACCUUGAUGUGUCAAGUUAUCAAAGUCCUUUUGACUAAAAACUGUGAGGAGGGGACAUGGAGCUGGGAGGCACGUGAUAUCCUGCUAGAUACCUGGACCACCUUACUUGUGGAUAGUACUGGUGGGACAGAGUUGCUUCCACCUGAAGGGAUCAAUGCUGCAGCCAACCUUUUUGCCUUGAUUGUAGACUCUGAGCUAAGAGUGGCUUCUACAUCAGCGAUGAGUGGUGAUGAUGACGAUGACCUGUACUACCUUCAAGCAUCUAUUACUGCCAUGGAUGAGAGGUUAAAUUCUUAUGCGUUUAUUGCAAGAGCAGCAAUUGAUGUUGCAAUUCCUUUGCUCACGAGGCUGUUUUCGGAGCGCUUUGCCGCAUUGCAUCAGGGCAGGGGUAUUGUUGAUCCAACUCCAACUUUGGAGGAACUUUACUCGUUGUUGUUAAUAACUGGGCAUGUACUUGCAGAUGAAGGAGAGGGAGAAACACCCCUGGUGCCUAACACAAUACAGACUCAUUUUCUGGACACGGUGGAAGCAGAUAAGCAUCCUGUUGUGGUACUCUCCAUUUCAAUAAUAAAUUUUGCCCAGCAAAGUUUAGAUCCAGAAAUGAGAGCUUCGGUUUUCAGUCCCCGGCUCAUGGAGGCUGUUAUAUGGUUUCUUGCAAGAUGGUCUCGUACAUAUCUUUUGUCAGAAGAAAUUAGAGACAGCACCCUCAAUUCAGGGUAUCAGCAGCAGCAGCAACACUCCAGAAAAGCUUUGCUCAGCUUUUUUGGAGAAACUUAUCAGGGAAAAUUUGUGCUUGACAUUAUUGUUCGUAUCUCAGUGACAACUCUCUUGUCUUAUCCUGGGGAGAAGGAUUUGCAGGAGUUAACUUGUUCCAAACUACUCCAUGCUCUUGUUCGGCGAAAAAAUAUUUGUGGUCAACUUGUUCAACUGGGCUCAUGGCGUGAACUAGCAAAUGCAUUUGCAAAUGAACAAACUUUUUUCGUGUUAAAUUCUUCUAAUCAGCGUUCACUGGCUCAAACACUGGUUCUUUCUGCUUCUGGAAUGGGUAAUUCAGGAGCUUCAAAUCAAUACGUAAGGAACCUUAUGGGUCAUAUGACAAAGUAUCUGGUGGAACUAUCUAACAAGAGGGACCUCAAAAAUGUUGCUCAACAACCAGAUGUCAUCCUACAAGUGAGUUGCUUGUUGGAGCGACUACGUGGAGCUGCCAGUGCCUCUGAACCUCGAACACAGAGAGCUCUUUAUGAGAUGGGACUCUCUGUGAUGAACCCGAUUUUGGUUCUUCUUGAAGUGUACAAACAUGAGUCUGCAGUUGUUUAUCUGCUACUUAAAUUUGUUGUUGAUUUGGUGGAUGGCCAAAUUUCCUACCUGGAAUCCCAAGAAACUGCUGUUGUUGUUGAUUUCUGCAUGCGUUUGCUUCAGCUUUACUCAUCUCACAAUAUUGGCAAGAUAUCAUUGAGUCUUUCAAGUAGUUUGCUUAGUGAGGCAAAAACUGAGCAGUAUAAAGAUUUACGUGCUCUUCUUCAGCUUCUUUCAAGUCUUUGUUCAAAAGAUCUGGUUGACUUUUCAUCAGAUUCAGUUGAGACACCGGGGACAAAUAUAUCUGAGGUGGUCUACUUCGGACUUCACAUAGUUACCCCUCUGAUCUCUUUGGAGUUGCUGAAGUACCCUAAGCUUUGCCAUGAUUACUUCUCGCUACUGUCGCAUUUGUUGGAGGUGUAUCCCGAAACAGUUGCCCAACUGAACAAUGAAGCUUUUGGCCAUGUGCUUGGGACCCUUGAUUUUGGUCUUCGCCAUCAGGACACGGAAGUAGUUAAUAUGUGCCUGAGCGCUCUGAAAGCUCUUGCUUGCUACCACUAUAAGGAGACAGGUGCUGGCAAAACAGGCUUGGGCUCACAUGCCAGUGGUGUGGAAGAUUCAAGUGGGAAUACGCAGGAAGGCAUUUUGAGUAGAUUCCUUCAGUUGUUAAUGCAAUUACUCCUUUUUGAGGAUUACAGUCCGGAUCUGGUUGGUCCUGCAGCGGAUGCUCUGUUUCCGUUGAUUCUUUGUGAACAAGUUCUUUACCAGAAAUUAGCCAAGGAGCUUAUAGAGAGGCAAACAAAUCCAACAUUGAGAUCAAGGAUGGCAAGCGCAUUGCAGUCCCUCACAAGUGCCAAUCAGCUUUCAUCCACUCUAGAUCGCAUGAAUUACCAAAGAUUCAGGAAGAACGUGAACAACUUUUUGAUUGAAGUUCGAGGAUUCCUGCGGACAAUCUGAUUUGUGGCCCCGCUCUGUAAAUGUAAGCAAAAUAUUUUGGUUUUUCUUAUUCUUUGCAUUGUUUUCACAUGAACUAGAUUUUGGAAUCGAAAGGAAAAUCCCAGUUCCAACUCACGGUAUAGUCAGUUUCUGGUUGUUAGCAGAGUGAAGUUAAAACUGUUUGUGAUGAAUGAAAUUGAAGUCGAAACUUUGGUACAA